UACACACAAGCAUGAGUACAUAAAAAAGAGAGGAGAGGCCCAGGGCAGGUCUAGUUGAUUGCAUUAAGACCCCAACAUCUUUAAACUUGGUUUGAUUAUUUUCCAUUUUUCGAUGAAUGAAGUUCUUGUUAAUCUUUCGUUGAAAUUCAAUUCAACUCACUAUCUAUUAGAUUCCCAAAUCUCCUUCUUGUGGCUGGAUUGAAGAGCUAGGCUUCAGAUUCUUGGAGUUUCUGAUUUUGGGGAGGGACAUACAAAAAGGAUCUCCAUUGUUCUUUCUUGUCUCAUUACUGGGCAAACAUUUUGCUGAUUUAACUUUUUUGCAGAACAUAAUGGUGGAUGCAGUUGUUACUGUGUUCCUGGAGAAACUGCUCAAAGCUCUUGCUGAGGAGAGUCGCGUAUUGAGCGAAUACAGGGACCAGUUCGAGAGAUUGAAGGGUGAGCUGCUAUUUAUGCAAAGCUUCCUUCAAGAUGCAGACAGGCUCAAGAGGAAAUUCAAGAUUCUUCGCGCGGUCUUGGUUGCUUUGCGAGAUCUGAUUUAUGAAGCUGAAGAUAUACUGGCGGAUUGCCAAUCUCAUUCGGAGGACGAUGAUGGUGGUGAAGCUUUCAAAUGUUGUUCAAUAUGCUUCAGGCCUUCAAAACUUCCAUUUCGAUAUCUAACCGGGAAACGCCUCAAAGAAAUUAAUGAGAAAAUCACAAAGAUCAAACAGGACAUCAUAUCUUACGUUGGCCCGUUGCUUUCGACCACAACAUACACAAUGGAAGCACAUGAGAACCGGAUGGCCAGAGGGAGCUCCCCUUUGUACGACCACACCCAGGUGGUCGGGCUGGAAGGGGACAAACAGAAGAUUAAAGGAUGGUUGUUGGAAGCAAAUGAUGGUAUUUUAGCAAUCGGGGUUGUUGGUAUGGGCGGAUUGGGGAAGACAACUAUAGUUCAGGAAGUUUUUAAUGAUAGGAGUAUGGAGGAUCGUCUUGAGAGGAGAAUAUGGGUGUCCGUUUCUCAAACAUUCACUGAAGAAUAUAUCUUGAGAAGCAUAUUAAGGAGCCUAGGAGAUGCUAGUGUGGGAGAUGAUCAAACUGAGUUGUUGAAGAAAAUCAACCAAUACCUCUUAGGCAAGAGGUAUUUGAUUGUGAUGGAUGAUGUGUGGGACACCAAUAAUUCUUGGUGGUCCAGAAUCUAUCAAGCAUUGCCCAAAGGAAAUGGAAGUAGCGUUAUUGUCACCACGAGAAAGGAGAAAGUGGCUCGAAUGAUGGGAGUCACGGAAGCAAGAACUCAUUGGCCCAAGUUCCUUGAUGAAGAUGAUAGUUGGUUACUGUUUCGUAAGAUUGCAUUUGCACCGACCCAAGGCAUUUGUAAUCACCCCGAGCUAGUGAAUGUUGGGAAGGAUAUUGUUCAAAAGUGUAAGGGUCUUCCAUUAGCAAUCAAAGCAGUUGGAGGAGUGAUGCUCUGCAAAGAUCCCUACUAUCAUGAAUGGAAGAGAAUUGCAGACCAUUUCCGUGAUGAAUUGGCAGAAAACGAUGACUCUGUGAUGGCUUCACUGCAAUUGAGCUAUGAUGAGCUCCCACCUUACCUGAAGUCAUGCUUCCUCUGUCUCUCGCUUUAUCCAGAGGAUUGUGUCAUAUCAAAAGAGCAAUUGAUCCAUUGGUGGAUGGGAGUGGGUUUUGUCCCACUCAGAAGCAGUAGAAUGUCAACUGAAGCUGGGGAAAAUUGUUUCUCAGAGUUAACGAAUCGAUGCUUGAUAGAAGUGGUUGAUAAGGCUUAUAGUGGAAUGAUCCACACUUGCAAAACCCAUGACAUGGUUCGUGACUUGGUGAUCCAGAUCGCGAAAGAUGAUGCAUUUUCCAUUCCAUGUGAUGCUAACUGUCGGCAUUUGGGUAUUAGAAGCGACAUGAAUGGAAAAUACUUUAUUGGCAAUCAGAAGUUGCGAGCAUUGCUGACAACCACCCGGAGUGGUGAAGUGAACAAGAUUGCUUCAAACAUUGCAAAGAACUUCUGUGAAUGUCAGCACCUGCAGGUAUUGGAUCUUUCUAAAUCAAUCUUUGAAAUGCCUCUCGCGGGUUUGCUAGAUCAGAUUGGAUCCCUCCAACACCUAACUUAUCUCAGCUUAAGCAACACCCAUCCAUUGCUCCAAGUACCACCAUCCCUAGAGAAGCUUCAUAAGCUUCAGAUUUUGGAUGUAAGUUACUGCCAAAAUCUGAGGAUGCUCCCUUCUUGUAUUUUGACUUUUGAAAAACUCACUGUCGUAGACGUAAGCCAUUGUGGUUCGCUGGAGUACUUGCCCAAAGGCUUAGGGAGGCUGUCAAAUCUUCAGGAAUUGCUGGGAUUUAAGCCUGCUAGACCAAGCCAAUUAGAGGGUUGUCGUAUUGCUGAGCUGAGAAUGUUGACUCAGCUCAGAAAACUUAGUUUACGACUAAGUCAAGGUGAUGAGAUUGGAGAUGAUGAGGUCAAUGUGUUGGUAAACCUCCAACAACUGCAAUUUUUGACAAUUAGUUGCUUUGGGAGUAAUGACAAUGACCUCAUACUGAAACUUGAUAGACUGUCUCCUCCUCAACGACUCCACGAACUGUGCCUCAAAUUUUAUCCAGGAAAGGUAAGCCCAAUCUGGCUCAACCCACUCUCACUUCCGUUUCUACGAUAUCUAUCAAUCUGCUCUGGGAAUCUUGCAAAGAUGAAUGAGAGGUUUUGGGGGAACGGAAAUACUGUUUGGAGAAUCGAGGGCUUAAUGUUAGAAGCUUUAUCCGAUUUGAGUGAGGAAUGGUCUGUGGUGCAGCAAGCAAUGCCAUCCUUGAGAAGAUUGAAUAUUAGUUGGUGUCCGGAGUUGGAGUCAUUCCCGGUUGAAGGCAUUGGGUUUAAAGGGGGUACGUGGAAGAAGGAAGAGAACAAGAACUAGAUUUAAUUUAACUAUGGUAUAAAGAAGAUUUCAUGUAAUUUUAUCUGUUUAUAGUGUUUGUCUUGAAUGUGUGGGUUCACUUGUCGCAUAUCAAUCUUUAAACUUGUAGUCUUCAUUUCAUCAGUUUUUACAGAUUUGUAAACUGGUAGUGUGUGAAAAAAGGUGAUGGAUUGUUUGUCAUAUAUGUUGUCAUUGAAGUUUAUUACUCUGAAA